AUGUCGAAUGUCCAGAAAAUAAAUGAUGAACUUGUCGUUCAUCUCAACGAAGAAGUUGGUUCUGGAACUUUUGGAAUGGUUUUCAAAGGAAUGUACAAAAAUAAAGUGUGUGCUAUAAAGAUGCUUCACCAUGUUGCCACACCAUUGAAAAUCAAUUUUCCUGUUGGUCAAGGACAAGAAAAUGCAAUUCGUGCGUUUGGUUAUGAAAGCAUGGUUCUGGAAUCUUUUCAACAUCCAAAUGUUCUUCAACACUUGGCAACAACUAAGUAUCUAUCAGGAAAUACCAUGUUAGUGACAGAGCUGAUGGAUUGCAACUUGAGUACUUAUCUCUCUACACCUGAUCACUCAAGCUCUCUCACAAGUCAGUGUGAGAUUAGCCUCUCAAAGGAUUUAGCUUCUGGUCUUGCCUACAUCCACAGCAGGAAGAUCAUUCACCGCGAUCUUUGUGGCGUUAAUGUCUUGUUAAAGCGAAGUCAACCCUUUCCUGUAGCUAAGAUCUCUGACUUUGGAAUGUCCAAGCUACUCGAUCCCUUAAAAUUCAACACCACUAUUAGUCAUCGCUUGGGUUAUCUACCUCCCGAGGCACUUCACGAGGGUGAUGAAGAUUAUGAUGAAACUCUAGACGUAUUCUCGUUGGGGGUGAUCAUGAUGCAGAUUGCUUGCAGAUUAGAAAACGUCAAAUCUGCAAAGGAAAGAUUGUCAUAUCUUGCAGAAAUUAAAGCCGGCACACACCUGCUUAAACUACACAUUAUGGCCUGCUUGCAAGAAAAAAGACCAUCAGCCGCUGUUGUCUGUGGACAAUUGGAGAAACAUCUGCUGUAUAGAGAUGCUUACAGACAGGAUUAUGAUCUUGUUACAAUCGGAGGAAAACGCCCAAUUUUGCACUCAGGUAAUGCAGUGACUCCACUAGCCACUCCACACACAACCACUCAGUCAGUUCAUGAGACGACAGCGACUGCAGCUCAGUUGAGUCAAGAGUGCUCGGAUGAAGCUCUUCUCCAGUUGUCUACUGAGAUUGCUGGAUACAACGAUUACAAGCACAGGCUGGGCGUCAGUUAUGCUGAGAUUAAGAAUAUCGAUCUGACAAUUGAUGGUAUUCCAGGGAAAUUCCUCGCUGCUCUAAAGAAGUGGAAGAGUAAAAAUAUUCUCCAAUUCAAUCCAUCGAAUUCAACAGCUACUUACGGUCGAUUAGUGGAGAUUGCCUCAGAGAUUGAGGACGGAGGGGCAGUUCGCAGCAUUCACAAGGCCUGUGUGGAGCAUACAUUUCAACCACAUAAGACGAUAGUGACAGCGACUGCAGCUCAGUUGAGUCAAGAGUGCUCGGAUGAAGCUCUUCUCCAGUUGUCUACCGAGAUUGCUGGCUAUGACAGAUACAAGCACAGGCUGGGCCUCAGUCAUGCUGAGAUUGGUGCUAUCGAUAAGUCUCCUUCCAUGGUUGAUAAUAUCCCAGGAAGAUUUCUCGCUGCUCUGAAGAUGUGGAAGAGUAAAAGUAUUCUCGAAAUGUAUCCAUUGAAUUCAACAGCUACUUACGAUCAAUUAGUGGAGAUUGCUACAAAGAUUGAGGACGGAGAGGCAGUUCGCAGCAUUCACAAGGCCUGUGUGGAGCAUACAUGACUGGAGGUCAUGGAUCAGUCAACACCAUCAUACACUACCAACACUUAGACACUUAGGACAAUGGCCUGGAUUUAUGUAUUUUAAGUUUGUUUACUUGCUCUUGUUAUUUAUUUUGUGUGUGCAAUUGAAUUAUUCUCCUCUAGACA